AUGGAAUCAAAUGGAACGCGCAAAGGGCCGCUGCCUGGAGGUCGCCAGGGCGCGUCUGGAGCUGGCGCUGGACGCGACAGCAUGCGAACCGCCAGCCGAGCGCGAGGUGCUGCACGACCACCCAGCAGCUCCUCGCAUCCAUCAUCCCCACCAGCUGGCUUGGUGUCGGCAGGGUCUUCGCGGGCUCAGCAAUCGGCACCCGCCACUGGUGGAGUACGCCGCAUGCGUUGGACAACCCAGAUGAACAGCAACGCAUUGCGGGCGUAUUUUAGGGCGAAAGGGGGAGAAACUGGAGGUUUUGCGUAUCGGGCAAGGAUGCAUCGACUUUUUGCUGAGCUGGAGCCAUCUGUAACCGUCACCGAGCAAAACCUGGCAGACCGAGUUCGGUAUAUCUUGCGCUCAAAUACAUUUGAUGUCCCCGAACUCGAACGGCUACGACGUGAGGCUGUUCCUUCAUCGGGUGAAAAUGCUGCGGCUGAGGAUGCGGCGCCACAACUUGCUGAGCAAACGGCAAAUGUGGAUGCCGCCGUGAAUACGCCAGUUGUGGUUGAUUCAAACGAUGAUGGAACAGUCACCCAGGAACUGGAACUAGAGCAAACGAGGAGUACAUUGGAAGAGGCGAUUGUGGAAACGCGCAGUACGACUCUCGAAAAUCGACCGCGACUUCCCCGCUUAGCCCUAAGCAAGCGGAAUCGGGCUGUCGUGAGGGCUCUGAACCCAAUGCUGGUUACCUAUUUGGAAGCCAGCCGGGACCUUUGCGAGACGGACUCAAUUCUUUUUGGCGCCGCACUGGCAGUCUGCCGUAUUAUAGGUGCCAAACUUUCCACGGCUGGACGCGCUACUGGACAAAGUAGUGCUAUCCCAGCCUGGAGAAUAAGAAUUGAAGAACGUAUCGCAAAGGCUAGGGCCCUCAUCGGCAGACUGAUAUGCUUCAGGUCAGGCAAUACCAGGCCAAGGAUUGUGCGCACCGUCAGGAUGGCGUUUGCUGGGACAAAUAGUUUGUCUCAGCCGGAUAUAAUGCAAAAACUGACGGAGUGCAUAGACGACCUGAAGCAAAGAAUAGCUACUUGGGGAAAGCGGAUUCGGCGAUAUACCGAGAGGUCGACACGAUUCAACCAGAAUCGUCUCUUCCAGAGUGAUCAGAAGAGGCUCUAUAAAUCAUUGGAGCGACCAAUAGUAAGUGGAACGGGCCCUGCACCAAAUAUGCCCGACACGGUCGCAUUCUGGCGUAGCCUGUGGUCAGAGCCCGUAAACCACAACGAGGGCUCUUGGAUGGAAGUUGUGGCGAGUCAGUGUGCGGAACCUGUUACCGAAAAAAUAUCCAGCGAUGAAACAAAUGACAAACUGGAGUGCGGUGCAAGCUCCAUGCAGGGAUGGCGUGUCAACCAAGAGGAGGUAUUAGCUAAAUAUGAAAAUAAAUUAAGCACACUUCAUCGAGCAAGACUUGGUGACACAGCAACUCCUUUGUCGCCUUGUUUGAGAGCUAAAAAGAACACAGAUGAAACUGGUGCAUCAUCAGAUAAGUCUUCACCAGUGUCAAGUUCAGAAAAAUUAACUCCAGAAAGGCCGAAAAAGUCCAAAAUUCGUAGAGCGGCUGCAGCCGUGUAUGAAUCACUUUUGCGUCAAGCAGCAGAGGAGGAUGAUGAUGAAAGCGACUCCAAUGACGAAACUUUCGAAGGUGGCGAAGUUGAGUCUUCUGAUGAAGAAAAUGUUAAUGGGAUUGAAGAUUCGUCUAAUGAAGGAAAUGAACUAUAUGUGGCUAAUGCAGGAGAUUCUCGCUGUAUUAUUUGUAGAGAAGGUAAAGCUAUAGAUAUGUCAAUAGAUCAUAAACCAGAGGAUGCGCCAGAACAUGAGAGAAUUACAAAAGCUGGUGGGAAAGUUUCAUAUGAUGGCCGUAUUAAUGGAGGUUUGAACUUAUCUCGUGCUAUUGGAGAUCAUUCAUACAAACAGAAUAAAGAAUUGGAUGCUAAAGAACAAAUGGUCACAGCUCUGCCUGAUGUCAAAACUCUGACCAUAGAUCCAUCUAAGGACCAGUUCAUGGUGUUGGCAUGUGAUGGAAUAUGGAAUUUUAUGUCAAGUCAAGAUGUCUGCGACUUUAUAUUACCAAGACUGGCAGAAGGACGCGAAAGGUUAUCACAGAUUUGUGAAGAGAUAUUGUAA